AUGUCAGCCAGUCCACGCGCCAAUGAGACCCAAAUAGAAGAGGAAGGCGCACAAGUUCGGGAUGAGGAGACACAGGUCAAUAUAGAGGAGAAGUUGAAUGUUGUCGAGGCCCCAGAGCCAGAUAAAGCUGCCUCCAAACCGAAGAAGCCUCGCGAAAAGAAAGACCCUCAGGCGCCCUUGGUGCGCGAACCAGGCAAAUCCUUGCUUCCUUUUGCGAGGGUACAGAAGAUAAUCAAGGCAGAUAAGGAAAUCCCAAUCGUUGCUAGAGAUGCAACAUAUUUGAUUUCGCUUGCUACCGAAGAAUUCAUCAAGAGAUUAUGCGAAGCAGCUCAACAGGUCUCUCAGCGUGAGAAGCGCUCUACCGUGCAGCAUAAGGAUAUCGCUGCUGUUGCAAGGAGGGCAGACGAGUUCCUGUUUCUGGAAGAAAUCAUGCUGUGGACGUCAUCCGCAAAGAGACAGAACACAACAGGAAUGGGCCUGAAGGCGAGCCGUGCAACUUUGGUGGAUCAGUUUGUAAGGAAGGAUAAGGGAGCUGGAGAUGAUGAAGGUGGAGAAGACAUAAUGAACGAUGAUGGAACUAUGUAUGCUGCAGGUAGUCCCCAACACGACGACCGAGACUGA